UGGCGGCCCUGUUAAAACGGCCUCCACAUGAGCAUGCUGGGCUUUGUCUACUUGGUGCUCAUCCUUGGCUGGAUAUUGAUCGUGUUGUUUCUCAAGUGCAAGAAGUCGCUGUCGGCGCCCUUUCGCUUUGGCGAGAACUACACAGAUGCCAUCGCGGAGACGAAUGCCGAGCGUCGUCCCUCGGUGCAUGUGAUACAGCUGCAGAGCGAGGAUAUCGAGCAGGAGGAUCAUUAUAUGAACCAUUUCCACAGGCAAACGGACAACUUGCAGCGCUACUCGCAUCGUUCGACGCUCGAGGAGCGCACCAUCGAGCGCACAUAUCCCACAGAUGCGGUCAUCAAUCCCGCCUACAUGCACGAUGAGGACUAUGUGAUUAACGCGCCGCCGCCUUCAUACGAGGAGGUAAUGCGACAGCCGCAGGUGUAUCCGCAGGUGCGACACAAUAAUCAUAAGAUUAGCGAUCUAAACAUUUAG